AACAAUGGGCGGCGGGAGCGCCCCGGCGCUGGGCCCGAGCUGAGGCCGGCGCGUCGCUGCCGACUGUCCGCAGCAUGAGCGGGGCCGGGGUCCCCCGCACGCCGGCGGGGCUGGGGCUGUGAAGGCCGCGGUUCCGGACUGAAGUUGCCGCGUCUGGCUAGGCGCGCCGCCGAGUCUCAUGGAGCUGGAGGGGCAGUGGUGGCGAGGACAACUGGCUGCUGAUAUUCACCAAGCGCUUCGGUACAAGGAGCUGAAGUUGCCCUCCUACAAAGGCCAGUCCCCUCAACUAAGUCUCAGAAGGUAUUUUGCUGAUUUGAUUGCCAUUGUGAGCAAUCGCUUCACACUCUGCCCUUCGGCCCGACAUCUUGCUGUCUAUUUGCUGGACCUGUUUAUGGAUCGCUAUGACAUCUCUAUCCAGCAGCUGCAUUUAGUUGCGCUUUCCUGUCUGCUUCUAGCAAGUAAAUUUGAAGAAAAAGAAGAUAGUGUGCCUAAGCUGGAGCAGCUCAACAGUCUGGGUUGUAUGACUAAUAUGAAUCUAGUAUUAACAAAACAAAAUUUGCUACAUAUGGAACUAUUAUUAUUAGAAACCUUUCAGUGGAACCUCUGCCUUCCAACAGCUGCCCACUUUAUUGAGUAUUAUCUCUCAGAAGCAGUACAUGAAACAGAUCUUCAUGAUGGCUGGCCAAUGAUUUGCUUGGAAAAAACUAAACUCUACAUGGCCAAAUAUGCAGAUUACUUCCUGGAAGUAUCUCUGCAAGAUUAUGCCUUUCUAAAUUAUGCACCUUCUUUAGUAGCUGCUGCAUGUGUGGCUUCUUCGAGGAUUAUACUUCGUCUUUCUCCAACGUGGCCUACAAGACUGCAUCGUCUUACUGCUUACUCCUGGGAUUUCUUAGUGCAGUGUAUUGAACGACUGUUGAUUGCUCAUGAUAAUGAUGUAAAAGAAGCAAACAAACAGAGAGGACAGGCAGGCCCUCAGUCAGCACAACUAGGUGUGUUCCAGACAGCCUCCCAGCCCUCACGGCCGGUCCAUUUUCAGCAACCUCAGUAUCUCCCUCAGACUCAGCAGACCUCACUGCAAUAUCGCCAUCCUGUAUCAGAACAACCAAGCUGUCAGCAGAUUGUAUCUACCACACACACCUCGUCUUACACACUACAGACAUGUCCUGCUGGCUUCCAAACCAGUGUUCAGGGCCUUGGGCACAUACAGACUGGUGUUGGGAUGUCCCUAGCAAUACCAGUAGAAGUUAAACCCUGUCUGAGUGUUUCUUAUAACCGGAGUUACCAGAUAAAUGAACAUUAUCCUUGUAUUACCCCGUGCUUUGAAAGGUGAUUAUGUGCAAAGGCAGUAACCAACCCAGACUGUCUUGUGACUUGAAGCUCUGGUACAAACUUUGUAAACUUCUCUUCAGAAGGAAAGGAUCUACCAGAAGACUGAAUAUCCCUUUCAGUGCACCAUUAAUAUCUAGGAGGACUAAGCAAACACUUAAUAGUGUGUGUCAAAUCCUGUUACAAAAUCCUGUGUGACAGAUAUGUUCAGGCCUGGCUGAUGGUCCAAAUAUUUCAAAUAUUUUCAAUACAACAACAAAUUUGGACAGACUCCAAUUUGCCAUUUUGAGGUUUGACCUGUGGUAGGCUCUGGGCCUUAUGUUGGCUUAUAUGUCAAAGACUAAUGAUUAUCUGUGGACUUGCCAAACCGUCUUCUAUGAAGGAAAGUUACAGUAUUAAUUUGUGAAGAGAUCUUUUGUUUAUUCUGCAGUUUUUGAGUUGUUUUGUUUUGUUCUGUUCUGUUCUGUUUUUUUACUUACAGAUUAAUUUCUGACUAAGGUUAAACUCAUGAAUUGAUAUGCUAUACCAAUCUGUGCAGUAAAAAUUUUUUUCAGAUGAUUCUGUAUAACUUCCUAUCAUAAAUAAUAUAGGUAUCUGAAUUUAUAUACUAAAUUUAGGGGUGGAGUAGAUCCCAUGUCUUAAAAUCAUGGUCAUAACUUUUGUUUGAUUGCUUGCUUGUUUGUUUUUUCCCCUAAGUGAUCAGCCUCAACUCUUUAGAAUUAAAACACAUUAACUCAGGGAAUUUGUACUACUUGGAAACAUUUAACUGUAAUGCAACAUGCUUUGGGAAUGUUAUAGUAUGAACUACCUUUAUAACAUAGGUUAAAUACUCCUAUGCUAAAAUGUGUUUUCCAAUGAGAACUUAAUAUUGUAGCACAGAAUGAAUGAAGUGGUGGUUCCUAUGAUUCAUAAUAUGUAUACAGGUUUUGCAUUUCUCAGUGCAAUCAAUGAUUUAUAUUCAGAUUUGAGAAUACUCUUAAGAAAAAGGUUUUUUUCAAAGGAAGACAUAACUGUAAAAUAUCAGUACUAGAAUAAAGUCCUGUAGAUUUAUUUUGGAGAGGGGAGUGGCCAGGGUAGUACUCAGGUUGUGCUAGUGCAGCACUUUGUUAUGUGGAAGACAGGUUUUAUAAGCAACCAUGGAAUCCAGCUAGUUAGUCUAAACAGGCAAGAGUACUGAUUUCUAAAUUUCAGUAGCUGCUUUCAUUAGGUUGGGCCCACAACUGCCCUGGCAUAUUUCACUGUACUCAUGAUGAGUGAAAACACAAUAAUAGUCAUGUUAGCAAGGGCAACUUGGGAGAAAUGUUUUGGGGGAAUAAACUUAAAAAGUAAAAAAUAAUAAUAAUGAAUAAACUGUAUACAUUACUCUCUUGUUAGUGGGAGAAGAGAGAUUUGGUGGAGGGAUGCUUUCUGGUUUAAAAAUUAUUAAGGUGUGUCUAUUUGUGUUUUUUUAAGGAUAGCACUUGAAUAGAGGGGCAUCUGCAUGGCAGAUAUGCAACCGCCACAAUGUGCAUUGAAGACAAACAUAAUGAUGUUGUGGGUAUGCAGCAGGAGUCUCAGUAAUCAAGCCAAUGGCCUUUGUGAGGAAGGGAAGGGGCUCAACACAGCAAAGGACUGAUCCAAAUGGCUCCAGUGGUUGAGUGUGGGUGGGUGGCUUCUGCCAGCAUGAAUUCUUAGAGAAAUGUCCUUUCCUUAAAAGGAAAAUAACUUUUAUAUAAUUUAGAUACAGAGGGCAUGAUGUGCAUUUAUUAGUCUGGUAAAUUUAAAAAACCACUCAGGUAAGAACACUCGCUCAUGGCAGUUUUCAAGUGUGGAAAUUGCUUUCUGAAAGUAUCAUCAUUUUUCCUCUAAAAAGGCUGCUAAUUGGAGCAGGUUUAGUAGUUCUUACCGUAAGAAAACUUGAAUCAUUGGGGGGAAAAUAUGUUCAAAAGAUAGUAUAUCUUUCACAUUCACAAACUCAGCAACCUGGAGUCCAAUUUUCAGUAUUUUAACUACCUCAGUAAUGCUAUGAAUGUAAGAUAUUGGGAUAGAGAUCCUAACUUGAAACAACAACCAGUGCCUGUGGUGAUUUAAUGUCUUGUCAAAUGCUUUUAUUGAUUGGUUUGUAUGUCAUUCUUGUUAUAGAAGAAUAUGCCUUUUUUAAAAGCUUAUUAACACUUUUCCCAAUUUAUAUUUAAAAGAGCUAAAGAACACUGGAUUAAUUGGGGAGGGGUAGAAUAAAAUAAUUGAUUACUAUUGCUGCAUACCCAGGGUGGGGUGGGGUGGUUGGAGAACCAGAAGUGUUUUUAAAACAUUAGGUUUCAAUAUAAAUACAACUCACAACUGUUAGCUUUGGGAGGGGGUUGGGUGGGGGAGUUGUGUGGGUUUUGUUUUGUUUAAUUUAUUGAUUAGUCUUUAAAGCUGUUUGUUAUUUUGUUUUUUUUGUUUUUGUUUUUUGAGAUUACUGGACCAUCAUUAAUGUGUACUGUGAAGAGAUUAAUAUGUAUCAAGGGCUUUACCAAAGUCCACUAAAUAAACACUACUCAAGUACAGACUGCAAACCAAAAUGUAUCUGUGUUAUGAUAUUAAUUGCAAAUAGCGAGCAUGGUGCUAAAGUCUACACCAGUGGAAUUAGAUGAGUGCUAUGCACUUAAUUUUAAAAUAAAACUAGUUUUCAUUAAAA